AUGACACAUCCCCAUAUCUCAGAUCAAAUAAUGAUCGCCGACCUCGCUCUGCAUCUACCCACCGGCUUGGGUCCAUCCGCAUUCAACCUGAACCCACCUCCUCCCUGUCCAGCAAAUCUCUCCCUUUCCAUCUCGGUGAAUGACAAUGUCGUACCCUCGUGUGUGGUGGAUGAUACGCAAGGGGGCUUAGGAAUCGACUACUCCAGUCUUUCCAAGGAAAUUUUAGCUCUGAGCUCAAGCCAGGCGUUCAAUCGACCAGACGAGCUGCUGGAUGCGGUGGAAAGGCUAGUGAAGAAGAAGGGCGUCGUGCGGGGUCUACAGAUGAACUUGGAGCUCCCUCGGGCAUCGCUCAAAGCUGGAAGCAUCGUGUACUCGAGGAUCGCCACCUCAGGGGCAGCCGUUCGCUCGUGUCAGAUACGAAAUCUCAAGGUCAUGACUAUCGUUGGACUGAGAAGCUAUGAGAGGCAACACAAGCAAUGGUUAGAGCUCGAUGUUCGUCUACACGGCUGUGCGGAAACCUGGGACCACGUCAAAGUUGCAGAGGAGACCUACAACUGGGUCGAGCAAUCGAAUUAUGGAACCAUCGAAGCGCUGGUGGAUGAACUGGCACUGCACUUCCUCACGAAAUUCGAGGCUGAUCUCAAUCCUCGUGCGACUAUCGAUGUGACCUUACGGAAGCCCUCGGCGCUGCCAUUUGCGACACCCGGCGUAUCGAUUCAUCGGACGCUGGAAGAUUACGAUAAGAGAGCUUCGGGCUCGGACUUGGCAGUCUCCUCAGGCCUCAACGUGGCCAGCACUCCUACGAAGUCCCAUCUUCGGGAAGGACAUGAUGGCUCAGGACUCGUCAGACGUAUCUUCAUCGGACUGGGAUCCAACAUAGGUGACAGGAAAACCAAUAUCUCUCGAGCCAUUGAUAUCCUAUCGGCCCAAGACGUCUCGAUAGUGAGGCAUUCGAGACUGUACGAAAGUGAGCCGAUGUAUCACGAAGAUCAGGAGAGGUUCAUGAACGCUGUCGUUGAGAUUCGCUCAUCACUUUCUCCGGAAGAGUUGCUACGAAGAAUGAAAAAGGCAGAGAGGGAGGUUGGUCGCACCAAGACAUUCCGAAAUGGCCCACGAGUUGUCGAUCUCGAUUUACUAGUAUACGGGGACGAAGUGGUGAAGGUCGGUGACGUAGAUUGUCCAGAGGAUGAAAAUGGAGUUGGAUGGCUACGAUGCCCGCAUCCUAGCAUUGCAGAGAGAGAAUUCGUCCUUCGUCCCCUCGCAGAUCUUGCUCCAGACUUAGUCCUGCCACAGAUAAAUCGAUCUGCGGCUGAGAUGCUCAAAACGCAUCCAACGACAUUGGUGCCCUUGUUGGCAUUCCCUCUUCCAGCAUCGCGAAUGAGACUCACACAGUCUCCAAAGAUCAUGCAGAUCUUCAACGCGACUCCCGAUAGCUUUUCUGACGGAUCGGAGGAUGCCAUGGAUCCUGUCCUGGCUUUGCAGACCAUCACAAAGCUGCUCGAUGAUGGCUUCGCUCCGGACAUUCUGGACGUUGGCGGGCAGUCAACUCGACCCGGGGCCAUCAUGUCGACAGAGUCGGAGGAGUUGUCCCGAGUGAUUCCGCUCAUACAGGCCAUACGAAACAGUCACGAUUUACGCCUUAAGAAUAUACCAAUAUCCAUCGAUACCUUCCGACCUCUGGUUGCUCAAGCAGCCGUCAAAGCUGGAGCAUGCUGCAUCAACGAUGUUCGAGGAGGUACCGAACGUGGCAUGCUACAGGUCAUGGCAUCAUGUGAUGUCCCAGUCGUUCUCAUGCACUCUAGAGGAGAUUCGACGAGUAUGUUGACUAGCUCUGCGAAAGACUAUUCUGCUCUUGGUGGAGUGGUAGAGGGCGUUAAAUUCGAGCUCGGAUUGAUGGUCCAGCGGGCUCUAGAGGCAGGAGUGAAGGCCUGGAACAUUGUUAUCGAUCCGGGACUGGGCUUUGCGAAAGGCAUGGAGGAGAAUUUGACACUGCUCAAGCACUUGCCGGAUCUCGUGGCACCUGGUUCACCUCUACACGGGUAUCCACUCUUGAUAGGGGGUAGUCGGAAACGGUUCGUCGGACAGGUCACGGGACGAGAGCAACCGACGGAGAGGAUGUUUGGAGAUGCCGCUGUGGUCGGACGGUGCCUGGCCAGUGGGGUAGUAGAUAUCGUCCGAGUUCACGAAGGUAGGGGUAUGGGCGAGGUCAUUAAAAUGUGGGAAGCCAUCGACAGUGCAACUUAA